AUGCAUCCAAAUAGACCAGAAUUAUAUACGCAUGAAGUUAAAGCAGCUGUGGCAAAUUUUCCAAGACAGAAGGGAGCUGUUUUGUUAGAAAAAUCACUGGACAGUGUGGAAGAUAACACAUUAAAGAUAUGUUACAGAAGGUACCAAGGUAAGUCCAAUACCUUGUCGCUGUCUAAAACUAAGCUUAACCUCGUAUUUUUCCAUGGAACAGGUAUGAAUAAAGGAUUAUGGCAUUAUCAUAUUGACAAAUUAUUUGAAUUUUUCAAUUCGGGACAGGAUAAUGGCACUAACCUACACUUGAAUGUAGUUUGUGCUUUUGAUGCUGUAAACCAUGGCGAAUCGGCGGAAUUAAAUAGGGAAAAAUUGGGAUAUGUUUAUGAUUGGCGGGAUAGUUCGAAGGAUGUUGUAAAAGUUUUGGCAGAAGACGAAGCAGCUACAUUUGUUGAUGCUGAGAAUAAGAUAUCGAUAAUGAUAGGACAUUCUAUGGGUGGAUUUAUUACCCUUUAUAGUGCAUAUUUAGCACCAGCAUUAUUUGACUCAUGUAUAGUAGUAAAUCCCGUUGCUCAUGUCAGUCCUUUUGAGUACGCCGAGAGAGAUAAAGAGUUUAAAGAUUGGUACGAAGGUAACUACAUGAAAGACGAAUUUGAUAUACAAGAUGGAAGCAAUUGGUAUAGAGAAAUAGAAACUUUUCUCAGGAAUGGUUCGUUCUAUAGGAGAUUCCAUCCAGGUGUUUUGGCAUGUAUGGUGAAGGAUGAAUUGCCUACAGCAGUUAGAGAAUCACCCAAUGCAGCGUACAAAAAAAUCAAGUUGAACACUACUGUGGCAUCGCAAAUUCAUACGUACUGGGGGAUGAACAAAUCGGUUCCCUAUGGUAUGGCGAUACUUAACCAAGUUGAAAUCCCAGUAUUCCAUGUUGUCGGUGAUCUUGAUAUUUCCAGUGGUGAAGCCAGACACUUUAUUAGAAACAGUCUCCUGCAAGUUGUUCAAGGUGUCAACUUACCAAAUGCUAAACACUUAGUAAAUGGAGAAGAUCCUGAUCGAAUUAUAGAGUUGUUCACUCUGUUUAUACAAGAAAGAGAAGUGAUAUACUCAGAGAAAGCGCUCAUAGAUGAAAAAUACCUUGUUAAGAAAUAUGGUAAAAACUAUAGAAAAGUUCUUUCGGACUCAAGAUUAGACAUGCUUAAGAAAAACGGUGCCGUAGCACCUAAGUUAUAA